AUGGCACCGUCACGCUCUACUGCUCGAAACCAGCUCGUAAGCAUCACCGGGUGUACUCCAACAACAGCUACAAGUCUACUUGAAAAACACAACUGGAAACUCGAAGAAGCCGUCAACGCUUACUUGGAAAAUGGGCUGUCUCGAGCGACCCUAGUAGCUUCAGACCCGCAAAUUGAGCAUAUUUAUAAGACAUACCAAGAUCCCGCUGAUCCAGAACGCAUAGAUGUGGAUGGUGUGCUCAAGUAUCUCGACGACUUGGGCAUCGAGCCCGAAGAUCCCAAAAGCUUAACCCUUGCCUUUUUUUUGGAGGCGCCCUCAAUGGGUGUAUUCACACGAACCAAGUUCAUUGGAAACUGGAGCAAAACCUCUGCUCGAAGUGUCGCGGAAAUGAAACAGUACAUCGAUAACCUUGACUCCACCAUCAAACAGUGCGACCCACUCCAGUUUGUCCAGCUCUACAAUUUCACAUUUGACUUUUCAAUGGAGAAUCCUGGCCAACGACUCCUCGCCAUAGACACCGCCGUAGAAUACUGGAAAAUGCUCUUGUACAAACGACCGGAAUUCGAAGGAUGCCAGCUCCGAUUUGACCAAUGGUUCCAGUUUCUCACCACCCACAAAAAAUCCAUAACCAAGGAUACCUGGCGAAUGGUAUACCUCUUCUUCAAGGAGGUUGUUGCCAGCGACCCCGAAAACCUUCUGGAAUACGACGAGAUGGCGUCUUGGCCCAGUGUAAUCGACGAGUACAUAGAAUGGUUGCGCGAGACCGAAAGCUAG